AUGAAUUCUGCUGGAUAUAUCAAGGAAGAUCAAAGAGGUAAAGCCUGUAAAAAUUCCAUGUUGGACGAGUCAGUGAAACAAUCAGUUCGUAACCACAUCAUGUUGUUUGAAACCAUUGAUAGCCAUUACUGCAGACAGAAAACGGAGCGAAAAUACUUACCUCCAACACUAAAUGUUUGUAAAAUGUAUGCUCUGUAUGAAGAAUUCUGUCUAGAUAAUAACAUUGAAAGGAGAGCUACAGAAAGUAUGUAUAGACACAUUUUCACAACCGAAUUCAACAUUUCUUUCUUUCUGCCGAAGAAAGACCUCUGUGACGUUUGUCACAGCUACGAAAACAGGUUGACUGACGAAAAAGUUAGAAUGGAGCAAGCAUAUCAACAGCAUAUAGAAAACAAGAACUUAGCUCGAAGUCUUAAGAAUGCUGAUAAAGAGAAAGCUAAAGCAAACCCUUCAUUUUGUGCAGCAGUAUUCGACUUGCAGCAAGUAUUGCCAGUACCCAAGACAGCAAGACAGAGGUCGGCGUCGCCUAUUAUAAAUUAA